UUCCCCAAAGAGGCAAAGAAGCGCAGCAGCACUCCCAUCCGCCUUCCGCCCUCUGCCUUCCCGCAAUCGACCACGGACCACCGAAGCGGCACCGCCUCCCCUCCGUCUUCGCCCUCUGCCAUCCGCCUUCCGCCUUCCCUCUGCUUCCCGCAAUCGACGAUCGACGGACCGAAGCAGCACCGCCGAAGCCUCCGUCUUCGCCCUCUGCCAUCUGCCUUCCGACUUCCCUCUGCUUCCCGCAAUCGACGACCGACGAACCGAAGCAGCACCGCCGCGGGACCGAAGCAGCACCACCUCCCCCUCCGCCUUCGCCCACCGGUUGCGCCCGAAGCAGAACCGCGACCCUCGCCGAUUUGAAGGGCUUAGCGAUUUUUGUGGAUUUCUUCGAAAUGGAGGCAAUUUAUGCAAAGCUCUAUAACAGGUACACUAAGCUCAAGAAAGAAAAAGAUUCCGAGAUGGAGAAGCUGAAUCGUGAACAAGAAGAGAAGUUUUUGAAUUAUGUAGCCGCUGCGGAGGAAAUGAUAGAGUACUUGAGAAGUGAAAAGGACAAACUUUCUAAGCAAGUCAAUGAGUUGAAAAGUGAAUUGGCCUCAAUAAGAUCCACCAAAGAUGAACAACUAAUUCACUACCAAAAUCUUUUGAUGGAAGAGAACCUUAAGAAUAAAGAACUAUCAGUGGAAAUUGAGAGAUUACAAAGCCUUGAACAACAGAGACAAGUUAAUAACUUAUCUCAAGAUUAUGAAGGUGAAAAUGGACAAACAAAUGAUCCUGGGGGCGUUUCACCUCAUGCAUUUAAGUCCCCAACUAUAAAGAAGACUAGGAAGCGUAGUAGGCAAUCCCUCCUUGUCAAUGAAAAUCCAGUUGAUGCAUCUGAUGCAGAGGAAAACUUGGAUGACCUCAUGAAGGAACCUACAAAUGGGUUAUGUAAGAUGAUUGAGGCUCCAUGCUGUAGAAGAAUCAUGGAUGCUUCAGGUAAUGAGGUAACUGAUGCAGAACAUCUAAUCUGCAUGUUUCAAGACCUGGCUGGGUGCAUAGUUGGAAUGAAACUAUCACCAUUUAUGGAAAAUGAGGAAUAUCUUAUCUCCGCUCUUCAUGAGUCAAGUGGUUAUUCUUUUACUUUAACAUGGAUAAACAACUCAAGUGGAAAACCAGAACUGUUGUACCGAGUUUCGUCAUUGGGAACUUUUGAGAGAAUAGCACCAGAAUGGAUGAGAGAUGUCUUAAUGUUCAGCACAAGUAUGUGCCCAGUCUUCUUUGAAAGGCUGUCUCGUGUUAUUAAAGCUUAAUUGCUGACAAAACUCCCACCCACCCUACCCCAUCUCACCAUUAGAUGACUUCUUCCUUAGAUAUGUAUCAUGUCUCUUGUACUAUAUGUAAAUACUUUUGAUAGUCUUGACGGCCAACAUGUAUGUUUGCAAAUUAGAUACUUUGUACGGGUGAUAUCUUAGUUAGUACCAGACCAUAGAUUCUGACGUUUGCUAGGUCAAUGAAAAAUCAAUUAUGAUAACUCUCAUGUGCAUAUUGAGCCUAAUAUUGAUAUUAGAGGACCUGGCUGGCUUUGCAAUA